UCGAUUUCUCAUUAUGAAGAACAAAGCACGUCACAGAAAUCUACUAAUCAUCGGGGACAAGAAUGGGGUACAUAAGAAUAAGGAGGGGUUUACCAAGAAAAACAAAGAGACUCGCACCACGAAAGAAAAUGACCCUAAAAAUAGGAUAAGUCUAGAAUUGUUCAUAUUCCGUACGUUGUUUGCUGUAUUCACUAUUGGAUUAAUUGUAUAUGGAUUGUAUAUAUUGAACAUUUCAAAUAACAACAACGAUACUCACAAACUCAACAGCGAGGACAGUUUUGUUGAACUCGAUUCAGAUGAUUCCGAUGAAACCGUACGAUCAAGCGUGGGAGAACCUAAAGAACUACACUCGGAACAAAGAGAACUACACUCGGAACAAAAAGAAAAUAUGAAAGAUCCUUCAGAGAAGGUGGACACAAAACCACCCGUGCGGAAGGGUGUAAACACUGAACCGUCCAAAAUUUCGGAAAGUCAGUCAUCGGCCAAAAAUCAAAAUAGCCAAUUGUCCGAGAAAAAUAAGAAAAAGCAAUCCAAAAACAAGGGAAAGGAUAUCAAGGACUUAAAAACAGAGGCCGAAAAGUUUAAACCAACGUAUCUUAAGAAGAUGUCGCCGAAAAAGAUAUUCGCUGACGGCCGACGACUUCCACCUGUGGAACUGUUAGCACAAAAACCAAACAACAGCAGCGUCAGGGUUUUUCUUUAUGACGAGUUCUUAUCUGAACAAGAAUGUGAUGGACUGAUGAAAGCCCACGACAGUCAUGUAAAAGAAUCCUCCAAAAUUAACCCCCUACUUUGCUUUGACACCAUAGAAACACUGCGAAAACAUCUCAAGGCCGCUCACAAAAAGGUCAAAGUCACACCUGCUGAUUUUAUUCCAGGUACAUUUUGUGUGAAUGAAACAUUUUCUCGACAGCUCUCUGGAUGGUUAAAGUCAAACUGGAGUUAUAGUACGGCCUUUUACCCGGGUGAGAGUAGAUUCUCGAAGAUUUUUGAAUAUCGAGUCAAAGAAGCGACACAACUAUUGCCGGAGAACGGCGGGAAAUUUCAAAUUACAAGUUAUCCACAAGGAAUAGGAUACAAGACUCAUACGGAUUGUGUGGAAGGCAAUGUUGACGAGAGAGACAGAAUGGCCACCAUAUUGGUAUAUCUACAGGACGUAGAAGAUGGAGGCGAAACUAAAUUUCCAGAACUAGGUAUCUGGGUGAAACCCCGAAAGGGACGCGCUCUGGUUUGGAACAACAUGAAUGAAGAGGGCAAAUGUGAACCAAUGUCCAUACACAAUGCUGCAGUGGUCAAUAAAGGUCACAAAUACAUUAUACAGAGAUGGUACUACUACAAGAGUUUUUAUUCCCUUGGUAAACGUCCACCGGAACCAGACCUACCUGCGCGUGCGCCUGGGACACCUCGAGUUAAUUGUGACGAGUAUGAAAAUGGAAGCUGUCGUUGGUACGAUGAAUGGAAUUAUGAACAUCUUGUCGAUUACAGAAAUCAAAGAAUAAAUCUCAAAUAAUAAAUAAAUGCAAUGUGUUCUU